UGUUUUUUUCCCCUCCAGUUGCAGGGGGGAUGGAAAUAUCAACGGCCCACUGCAGAUACAUCGUCCCUCCUUUGCUCCUCCCCCGUGUCAGAAUUGUCCAUUCUGGCACUGUUGUCAUGGUAACUACAGGCAGACCGAUGAUGCGGGUGAUGCAUUGCAGGUUCCAGGUUUGCUGCCUGUCUUGCGGCACGGGACGCAAGGAGUAUAGAACGCAACAAAGUGGUCUAACAGUAACACUAUAGCUCGGGUGUUGAUGUGCUGGAGCUCUUCGCGCUAUACUCGACGGAACAACUUGAUCGAACGGCCCGACGUACGGACGCCUUGUAACAUUUUCCAACGAAUGACCGACUCCAUCGAGCUGUCUUCAGUCCAAUUCACCGACAGCCCAGCAGCACCGUGUGGCGGAGAUAACCAUGGGUAACGGAGCCGCAUCCCGGGAAAGCAACGUCCCGGCUUGUAUUCACCUCGAUAUUAACGGAACCAAGCAAAAGGUGAAAUUUGGACGACGUUGCAGCAGCAGAGACGUGCACGAUCUGCUGGCAGCUGCGGCAGGGGUCAGCAAGACGGCAUCCAUCACACUGAAGGACGUUGAUGGCGCCCUUGUCAGCGUGUCGUCUGCAAUGCCCCACAACACAGCCGUCACGGCGUACAAAGUGUUAGUGGCAGAUGACGCAGCUCAGCCAACAGGACAAGAAAAUGCUGUGCUGUGCGGAGUGAUAACGCAGGUUGCGGAUCAAUUCACCAAGGCUUUGGGUGUCAGUGAAAUAAAGGAAGAGUUGUCGUCACGAAUUUCGCUCAUGGAAAAGAAAAAGGAAAUGGAAAGUUUGAAGGCAAUCGAGAUUGAAAAAUGCAAGGUCGAGCUGAAAAAUCUCAAGGAGGAGCUACUGAGUGCCAAGAGCAGACACGUGCAGUUCUGCAAAUGCUCCAUUCCCGAGCGAGACGACACGAAGAUUGUAGCCCGCCGAGACGUGCCCAAGUACCCGAAGUACACACUGUCUCAGGAGACAAUUGAGUACCUAAAGAAACCCGCCUUCGACAUCUGGCAUUGGGAAUCCAACGAGAUGUUAUGCCUGCUGGAGCAUAUGUACUACGAACUGGGACUUGUGGAGGAGUUCAAUAUUAAUUCAUUGGUGCUCAAACGAUUUCUGUUGUGCGUUCAGGAAAACUACCGUCACAAUCCCUUUCACAACUUCCGUCACUGCUUCUGCGUGACCCAGAUGAUGUAUGGGAUGAUUCACCUCUGUGACCUCAGGUCAAUACUGACCCGGAUGGAGAUGGGGAUUCUUCUGACGUCAGCCCUCUGUCACGAUUUGGAUCACCCGGGAUACAACAACACGUACCAGAUCAACGCACGCACUGACCUUGCCAUUCGCUACAACGAUAUAUCGCCAUUGGAAAACCACCACUGCGCAGUGGCCUUCAGAAUCAUCAGCAACCCUGAUUGUAAUAUCUUCGGUAACACAGAUCCGGACACGUUCAAGGCGAUUCGACAGGGCAUCAUCAUGCUGAUCCUGGCUACCGAUAUGGCGCGCCAUAGCGAGAUUCUUGACCAAUUUAAGAAAUACGUGGAGACCGGCUUUGAGUUCACCAACGAAGAGCACCUCAACUAUUUGAAGAUGUUGCUAAUCAAAUGCUGUGACAUAUCCAAUGAGGUUCGACCAAUGGAGGUGUCCGAACCCUGGGUGGAUUGCCUUUUGGAGGAAUACUUCAUGCAGAGUGACCGAGAGAAGAAGGAGGGACUUCCGGUGGCGUCUUUCAUGGACCGGGACAAAGUCACUAAGCCCACUUCGCAGAUUGGUUUUAUCAAGUUUGUCUUGAUUCCCAUGUUCGAGGUUGUUGCUAAGGUGUUUGUGGUGCUGGAUAUAUCGAUGGUUCAGCCUCUCCGAGAAGCGUUGUACCGAUAUGAGGAACUGAAGGCCUCUGAAGAUGCGGUCAAAGAAGAGAAAAAGAUGCUUGAAUCCAACCAGCUCAUUGGACUCGACAACUCUGCUUAAAGGUGAUGAGGAGCCUCGAGAGGGCGCUCUUCGUGUAGGUUUUGAAACGGGUCCCUGGCAAUGACAAAAGGGCAGGUAUACAUGCAUGUGACGUCAUUUUGUUGAGGUAUACGUGUGUACUGUUUACAUUCGCUCGUACGGAGCACACUAAACAACCAAUAUUGUAAUGUGAUGUUUAUUGUUUAACACAAGUUCUCGGCUGAUUGUGCCCAGCACAUAAUCUAAAAUGUAAAUAAUACAAUACAUGUACCGGUACUUUUAAGUAAAUCAGGGAGACAGUGUAUAAACAUUGCGGAUUGGGUGAUUUUGGUACAUAUAUCUAGGGGUUUUUGUGAGAAAAAGGCCCACAGUGUUCAAGAAUGCGACUGGAAUUGAGGUGCUAUAUAUAGUGAAUAUUAACCAGUCAACGAUAACUGUUUAUUAAAAGCACAAAACUAGAUGUGGCUUGCAAAAAUGAAUCGUCCGUGUUUGAUUUGUAAGUUGGAUUUGAAACAAUAUCAGUCUGGAUUUUUGAUGUUCCAAUCUUUUGUUAAAAAAAAAAUAUCCAAAUUUAGUGCAGAAUCAUUUUAUAGUAGGCCUAGCCCUUUUUUUAUUGGUAAAACGCUGAAAGUUUAAUCCUGAAAUAGAAGCCAAAGUAAUGGCUGACACAACACUCGGUGGGUGCGCAAGGUGGGAGUAGGUCCGAGGUCGCUGAAGGCGGAGGGCGAAGACUGUACCAUCAGCCAACGUUAUCGCUUCUGAAGCAAGUUAUCCAUGUACUAUGUUAACAAUACAGUAUGGGAAAUUAUUACGAAAGUCUCCUUGUCUCUAUUCCACCAACUGCCCAAGUGAAGUGAUGGCCCAUCUGUAGACGAAUCCGGGCACGUACUCACUCAACACUCGAUCACGAGGCCCGCUUCAAUGGAGAAACCACUGUGCACAUUAAUGUACCAAGCAACUGCCCGUGACGGAUUAGCUGGACAAUAGCUAGCACAGUGCUCCCUUUCGCCAUCUCAGGGGGCCUCCGUGAUUGAACUGACAGCGUGCCCGGAUUGGUCUAUAGUUUGCAGUCGGGACAGUUUCGUCCCAACUUUAGUUGGGACGAAACUAUGAAUGGGAAACGUAAACCGCUAAGGAAUGUGCUGUAUAGUCUGGUUCCGGUUCCCAGACCGGACAGUUGACGCUCACGUCUAAAUUGUAGGUCAGGCAGCGUAAUUUUUUUCCUAGG